AUGACUAGCCCUAAGACUGCCGCCCAAUUCUCCAACUCUGGCCCCAUGGCAUUGCUGACCGGGGAACCCCACGCAGCGCUCUUGGCGUUGAGGGUGAUUUCUCCCCACCUCGCUGCCACGAACCCUGACCCGCGCUCCUUCACCGGGGGGAGUUCCCGGCAGUCGACGCCACUAUGGCCACCGUCUCCUCCCGAUCCCCCGCCCAGUUUCCCCGUGGGGGAACAAAGUAUGGCUCCGCCACAACCGCCACCGCAACCCCCCACUCCGCCAUGGCCUGGACCAAUAGAUCUUGAGCCUCCUGUCCACACUGGAAGGGCAGAGGGCUCUGGUGUGGCCAAUCCCCAUGCACUUGUAGCAGCUCAUGGGGAGGGGCUCCAUCACGUGAAUCAUGGCAGAGGACCACCCCACCAAUAG